GAGCUCUGCUCUCCCAGCUCCUUUGCCAGCCCAGGUCCUUCCAGUCUUGUUCAGCCGGUGUGGUGCUCGUACUUCCCUACGCUGUCGCAGAGAGUCGCUGCCGAGUGGGCGCUCGGUGUUCGGGUCGUCAUGGCUGGUUACGAAUACGUGAGCCCGGAGCAGCUGGCUGGCUUUGAUAAGUACAAGUACAGUGCUGUGGAUACGAACCCGCUCUCUCUGUACGUCAUGCAUCCGUUUUGGAACACUGUGGUAAAGAUAUUUCCUACUUGGUUGGCUCCAAAUCUGAUAACCUUUUCUGGCUUUCUGCUGGUUGUAUUCAAUUUUCUGCUUAUGGCAUACUUUGAUCCUGACUUUUAUGCUUCAGCACCAGGUCACAAGCAUGUACCUGACUGGGUUUGGAUCGUAGUGGGCAUCCUCAACUUCAUAGCCUACACUCUAGAUGGUGUGGAUGGAAAGCAAGCCCGUAGAACCAAUUCCAGCACCCCGUUAGGAGAACUCUUUGACCAUGGCUUAGACAGUUGGUCAUGUGUUUACUUUGUUGUAACUGUGUAUUCCAUUUUUGGACGAGGAUCAUCUGGUGUCAGUGUUUUUGUUCUUUAUCUCCUGCUAUGGGUAGUUUUAUUUUCUUUCAUCCUGUCCCACUGGGAAAAGUAUAACACAGGGAUUCUUUUCCUGCCAUGGGGAUAUGACGUUAGCCAGGUGACUAUUUCUAUUGUCUACAUAGUGACUGCAGUUGUGGGAGUUGAGGCCUGGUAUGAACCUUUCCUGUUUAAUUUCUUAUAUAGAGACCUAUUCACUACAAUGAUUAUUGGUUGUGCAUUAUGCGUGACUCUUCCAAUGAGUUUAUUAAACUUUUUCAGAAGCUAUAAAAAUAACACCUUGAAACACAAUUCAGUCUAUGAAGCUAUGGUUCCCUUCUUUUCUCCAUGUUUGCUCUUCGUUUUGUCUACAGCGUGGAUCCUCCAGUCACCUUCAGAUAUUUUAGAGUUACAUCCUAGAGUUUUCUACUUUAUGGUUGGAACAGCCUUUGCCAACAUCACAUGCCAGCUGAUUGUUUGUCAAAUGAGCAGUACCCGGUGUCCAACUUUGAAUUGGUUGCUGGCUCCCCUCUUCUUGGUUGUCAUGGUGGUAAAUGUAGGAGUAACCUCUUACGUUGAGAGCAUUUUCCUGUUUACAUUAACCACUGCUUUCACUCUGGCCCACAUCCAUUAUGGAGUACGAGUGGUGAGUAAUCUAGAGCCAAACUGGUUCCAUUUGAGUCUUAUAAAUAGUGGAACGGAGGUGAGGGAAAAUUUCAGAAGAAACUGGCGUAUUUCAGUAGGUGGAGGAAUUUGGGCAUAGUCUCUAAAUGAUGCGUAAUAUCCAGGUGUGUAAUUUCAGGUAUUGUUUCUCUAAUGAAUAUGUUGUACUCACUACAAAUAAUUUCAAAGCUGGGUAAUUAUUGUGAGGAAGUAAUUCUUGUUUUUAAGUGAGAAGAAAUGUAAACCAUUUUCUUGGUAAUGGAAUUAUAAACACCUUUGUGCUUUUAAUUCGAUAAACAAAAUAAUCCCA